AUGUUCAGCGAUUCUACCAGCCAGCCGAUAGCCGGCAUUCACACCUUUGGCCUGCCAUCCGUGUGGCUCUGUGACAUCGCGUUGUGGCUGCGCACUGUAGAGUCCCGUUUCGCCCUCCGUCAGAUCAUACGAGAGGAUACGAAAUUUCGCUAUAUUGUGGCAGCACUGCCAAUGGACAUCGCCACCGACCUCCGCGACAUCAUUGAUUGCCCUCCCACAGAAGCCCCUUAUACUGCCCCAAAGGAGGCUCUCAUUUCCCGCAUUUCCCUCUCAUCGCAAAAACGUCUCAAACGUUUAAUUUCUGAGGAGGACCUCGGUGACAGGAAACCUACGCAGCUUCUUAGGCGUUUGGAGCAGUUGGCAGACAGAUAA